AUGGCCGGUACCUCUCCACGUGUGACGAUUGGCGGCAGUGGAUCUAAAAAGAUCCACCCAGUCUCUUCUCCAGCUACGGAGACCGAAGAUAAAAAGUCAAAGCACUCCUUCCAUGUCUUGAAGAACGGUGUCGAGCCACGUGUUCAGUUGCCCUUCCUUUUCGACGCCUUCAGGUGGGCUGCGGUGCCAGAUCGUGGACAGCAUAGCAAAGCUCGUGGGACGGACGACGGAGAACGUGUCCAAACCACCUCAUCGCCUUUAUUGAAUGGCUUGCGCAAAGCCCAGCAUUUACAUCUACAGAGGAGGACUGACCGGAUGGAUGCACAGUAUACACCAAUCGUCAUGGCGAUGGAGAUCUUGCGUCGGAUCCAUAGGCGCUUUCGGAGGAUUGAGCCACCUCAACGAACAGCAUGGAUGCGGAAGACAAUGUCGUCCUUGCUCUGCUCAUUCGGUAGCAGCCUCGCCUCGAUCUAUUUAAAGCUGUCUACUUCUGCAAGUUGA